AUGGACACCACCCACUUCAACACCUUAACCGACAACAUCCUCAACGAUCAAUCAACCUACAAGCAGCUAAAGAAAGACCCCACCAAUAGCCUACAGAAAGAGCACAAGACCAUACUCAACCAACUUCGGGACAGCAAUGAAAUCGGCCCCACCCUCCACAAAAAACUCAUCACCAGUCACCCCAAACCACCUUAUGCCCGGGCAACCAUAAAAAUUCACAAAGACCCCGUCAAAGCCCGUCUCCUAGUCUGCCCCAGAGACACAGUCCACUACAAUACGGCCCAGCACCUAGCCCGCCUCCUCGCACCUCUUGGCAAGACUGCCAAGUCUUUUGUGAAAGAUUCGUCAGAAUUCUGUAAGAAGAUUCUCGACAUCCCCCAACCAGGAACCCUCAUAAGCUACGACGUUGUCGACCUAUUCACGAAUGUACCCCGGGACGAGGCCAUGGAAAUCAUCACAACCCGCGUUGAGGAAAUCCUCCCAUCCCUAGACACCCGCCUAACAACUGACAGCAUCAUCCGACUCAUACACUCCUGUAUCAGCUCUACAUACUUUACCUGGAAAGACACAUUCUAUCAACAAACCCACGGCCUCCCAAUGGGAUCCCCACUAUCACCCUUGUUCACCGAGAUAUUUAUGACCCACCUGGAAGAAAAAGCCCUGGAAACAUCCCCAAUAACUCCCCUCUGCUGGUUCCGCAAAGUUGAUGAUACCUUUGCCAUCCUACAUCCCAACAAUGACCCCAGAACUAUAUUGGACCACCUUAAUUCCCAAAACCCACGUAUGCAGUUCACCAUGGCGGAAGAAACCAAUCGACAGCUCCCUUUCCUUGAUGUACUCGUACAGAAAGAUAAAAACGACAAACUCCAGACCACUGUUUAUCGGAAACCCACCCACACAGAUCAAUACUUACACUAUGCAUCCAACCAUCCACCUCAAGUCAAAAAAGGAAUUGUGUCAACCCUAGCAAGACGAGCUCACAACAUCUGUUCCACGAAGCAACAUCUAACUACUCAACUUAGCCACCUCAAACAAGUAUUUACACAGCAUAACUGCUAUCCUGAGCAACUAGUACAACAGACGAUAAAGAACAUCACCAAGAAAUCUCAGAAAUCCCCACGUCCACAGUCUGCACCCUUUGUGAUCAGCCUCCCCUACUUUGGAAUAGUUAGUCACAAAAUCCAGAGACUCUUAAAGAAACAGGCCAACAUUGAUGUAGUCUUCAAAAGAAGUCAUACUAUUCAGAACACAAUUAAAGCCACAGGGAAACCACCAUCCAGCCACAAGCCAGAACCAUCAGGAGAGGUGUACCACAUUCCGUGCAAUUGUGGACAAGCUUACAUAGGAGAAACAUCUAGGCCCCUCAAAACCCGAAUUAAAGAACAUCAAAGCUCAGUCACCACAGAUGACUCUAAAUCAGCUCUAUCAGACCACAUCCGUGACAACCCAAGCCACAGCAUCCAAUGUGACGACGAGGUUGGGAUAACCUGA